GUAAUGUUUAUGGCCAUAUAUAGGUCGUUUGAAUAAACAAGAGAGAUUAAUUUAGUCUUUUUAAGGUUUUUAAGCAAUGCCGCCUCGUACUUGUGGUAUUUACAUAUCUCAAAUUCGGCCCUGUGUAUGCUAUUUGGUGCAAAUCUAAUCUGAUGCGUGCAGCAACGCCCCACGAACUGCCACCUUGUAAAGGAAACGACAACCAGUUAGCUAGCCUCUGUUUACAAUUUUGUGGAAGAGAAUAAUUCGUUUCCUGCCGUGCGAAACUGUGACUUUUUAUAUCUCAGAAGUAUGGCGGAGUUACACGUUGUGGAGCCAAGUGGGACUGGCAUCUUAGAACAAUCAGAACACCGUGAAAUUCGCGGCACGGUAAGGCUCCCCUCGCCCACUCUCGUGAUUCCCCCUCGGAGCGGCAUGUCCAGUCCAGGGGUGUCCAGUUCCAGAGCAGUGUUCGGGUUCCCCAUGAAGAGUAGCCCUUCUUCUCCGUCAGAUCAGCCAGAGAAACCGGGGUCCCGAUGGGUCAGGCUCAAUGUCGGUGGAACCUACUUUGUCACUACAAAACAGACAUUGUGCAGAGAACCUAAGUCGUUCCUCUAUCGAUUAUGCCAAGACGAUCCAGAUUUGGACUCUGACAAGGAUGAGACAGGAGCCUACCUAAUAGACAGGGACCCAACAUACUUUGGCCCCAUCUUGAAUUACCUACGGCACGGAAAGCUGAUCAUCAACAAGAACUUGGCGGAGGAAGGUGUGCUGGAGGAGGCCGAGUUCUACAACAUUGCAUCCCUGGUGAGACUGGUCAAGGAAAGGAUACGAGACAACGAGAACAGGACGUCACAGGGCCCCGUGAAGCAUGUGUACCGGGUGCUGCAGUGUCAAGAGGAGGAGCUGACUCAGAUGGUCUCUACCAUGUCAGACGGCUGGAAGUUUGAACAGCUCAUAAGCAUCGGCUCAUCCUACAACUAUGGCAACGAGGACCAGGCCGAGUUCCUGUGUGUGGUGUCGCGUGAGCUCAACAACUCUACCAAUGGCAUUGUCAUCGAACCCACCGAGAAGGCUAAGAUUCUCCAAGAGAGGGGCUCUCGGAUGUGAGGAGUGAUGUGUAGGCACCUGGGCUCCUUUCCCUGCUCUCUCCCCCCCUCUGCCAUAACAUUGCCCCCCCUCCCCUCCCCUCCCCUCCGGUGGGCUAUGAGUUCACCCUGCCUCCAUGCAUGCCCUAAGGUCUCCUCUACACCCCGGUCCCUCCCCCAAACACGCAUACUUACAAAUACACACACACACUCACACAUGUGUGCGCCACUCACACGUCCACCCCCUUGUGCCUUUCCGUGGCGGGGCUGAGCUAUGCUAUGCCCCCCCUCUCUGCAGUGCUGCAACAUCUGCUGACAUCAGUUACCACCACCAUCAGCACUAAACACACAAUUCACAGGCAGAUAUCCUCCAAACACGUGUGCACACUCACACACACACACACACACACACACACAAAAACAAACAAACAAAUGUUGAUUGAUAUGUGACAGCUAGCUGAAUCCAUCUCAGUUUGAGCAAAGUACAAAAAACGGUUCCAGUACAAAGGUUACGUAUCGUCUGUAUCACAAGCUACACGGCUGCACUCUCGCCAGACAUGACAAAGUGGAUAUAACUGACAUAUUGUACCACCACUUCCUCUGGUGUCGAGAGUGGCCCUGUGUGUGUGUGUGUGUGUGUUUGUGUGUGUGUGUGUGUGUGUCUGGGAUGGAGGACGUACAAGUGAUACAUGUGUGUUAACAUAGUGAGUGCCCUUCACCCCUUGACACAGCCUCUAUUCUCCACUGCCAUUCCCUUCCUCCCUCCCCCCACCCCCACACCCCUUUUUCACCAACACCAUUACGUCCUCCUGAGGACGGGCAUGGACACGGAUGACCGACUGCCCCACACACUAGCAAACACACAGCCGUCUGUCCCACAGACAGAAAAAAAAAGGCUUUCGAGGGACUUUUACUUCUUUACUUCGCCCUGGAAAAAGAAAAACCCACCAAGGAGGAGAUGCCUCCUCGUCGGUGGUCCCUCCUUGUGCUGCUGGACACUCUUCAACGUCGACCAUGAAAACGAGAGAGCGGAAGAAAACACGAAGGAAGCGUCUCAUGUUUCUCCUUCACUCAGGUCAGCAUCUGUCUCCAGUGACGACGUCGUCCGCUUAAAAAAAAAAACACAUCACCCCUGGACAUUUCAGUAUGGCACUGAGUGAAUCACACGGAAACAACCGGAAAAACAAAAAUAUGUGCAAUUGUGAGGCAUGUGAGAUUUAUUAUUAUAAGAAAAUGAUAUUAUUGAUAAUAACACAUAAAUAUACAUACAGUGUAAAAGAUUGAAUGCAACGUAACUGUUGAUAUCUGUACCAUAGUGGUCAUAUUAAUGUGUAUCAAAAUGAGUUAUUCUAUGUAUAGUGGGAGAACAGGCAGUGUCUCCCCACACACCCCACCCAGUUACUCAUGAAGGUGUGAGUUUGUCUUGUAUCUCUCGUUGACACAUUCUGUGACAAAAAUAAGCUUCUUCAACAUUGUGUCACCUUUCAUCUUGCCUUGUUUACCCAGUCAUUUUAAGCCUGUUUUUAGAUGUGAAGAUAUGAAUAUUUUGGUUCUCGACAUAUCGUUUCUCACCUAGCAGAGAAGUGUUCACCCUUUGACCCUUUUGUUUGGUCCUGUUCCUGGUCUCUCUUGUUUAUGUUUGUUCUGCAACCCCCAUCGUCUUCUUUUCUUGUGACGUUUUACACAGAAUGGGAAUGUCAUCGCCUGAACAGGGGAUCUCUUCAUAGGAAGUCUAUGUCCAGGUAUACUAGAUCUAGACUAGAACAAAACCAGUUCAGGCCGAAGUGGCCCCUGUAGCUGGGAAGCAGUUUUUUUUUUUUUUUUUUUUUUUUAAUAAUCUGCACACAUAUCAUUUCCUGUCUAACUCACCCCCACUAUCAGGCUUCUUCAAAGCCACUCUGGUCCGCAGAACAGUGGACUGAGACGUCAUACCAUUUCAUGUGUUUUGGGGAUGGUUUCAAUUCCCACGUCUUCUUUCUCAGUCAGUGUAGCGGCCGACGGGUUGUAUCCGAUAGCACCGAAAUGAAACUUGGACUUGUCUGUUAUUGUUCAGUCACACUCCUUGUUUUUUUGUGUGUGGUUUUCAGCUCUCCGUAGUUCUUUUGGGAUCAGAUUUCUGGUUUGCUGUUGAUGUUUUCUCUCCUCCUGUGUAGAGUGUUUGUGUAAGGGUGACAGGGAGUGCAGUGUUUUUGGCUGACCUGCAGGGUUCUGUGUCAGUGCCCUGACUUCUCUCUGUGUGUGUGUGUGUGUGUGUGUGUGUGUGUGUGUGUGUGUGUGUGUGUGUGUGUGUGUGUGUGUGUGUGUGUGUGUGUGUGUGUGUGUGUGUGUGUGUGUGUGUGUGUGUGUGUGUGUGUGUGUGUGUGUGUGUGUGUGUGUUUGUGCGUGCGUGCAUGCAUGCAUAUUUGUUUGUCCAGUGUUGUGCCUUUGGCCCUGCGUUGUGCACAGUUUACUUCCCUUAUUGUCCAAGUGGAGAGGGCUCUUGUGUAAAAGCGCAUGGGGACUGAGCUCCCCCGGAUCAUAUACAAUAUGAUGGGAUGGCCACAGCCCACCUGUUUGCCCUUGUUUCUGUGUGUUUAGUCAAGAUGGUCAGAUCUUUUUGCCACUGUUACUGACUCUUACUCUGUGUUUCCCCCUGAACACUCUAACCCCACCCCACUCACCUCCUGCAUGUUAAGGCUUUCACUGCCUCCUUCUCUCUGUUUAGUAUGGGAAGAUAUGCAUACUCAUUCAAGGCUAGUGUUUCCUAGCACCACAAAUUCAGGCCUGACUGAAAAAAGACCAUCUCCUUGUAAAGAAAUAUUAAUGGCUCUGCCCUGUAUCUUCUGACAUCUGACAUGUACUCUCUCAGAGCAAGGCCACUGACAGUACCUAUACUAGGCGUCUGACAGAUGCUGUUGAAAACUGUGUUUUAUUUGGUUUGUUUUGUGCUACACAGUAAGACAUGGCACAUUUACAAACAUUACUGAGCACCGACAUGUCUUUAGGAUCCCCCUCCACCUCCUACCCCCCCAUGUUUAAGUUGUUUGAUGUUAAACAAAAAGAUGUCAAGGCAAAAAAGUACUGUUUUCUCUGUGAUGAACGUAAUUAUAAUAUGUACUAUCUUACAAACUCUGGGGAUUUAUAAAAAACAGUAAUGAUCUAAUAUUUGGCACGAGAACCCUGAGAGCAUGCAUUGUGUUAGAGAAUCUAAUGUUGUGUUCUGGGAUAUGUGUGGCCUUUGUAUCACUGUCGAGUCUAAAUGGUGCAUGGAACAAGACCGAUGCUGGAAAAGCAAGACCUGGUGUUAAAUGUGGAAUUGCUCUGCAACUCUUGUCCCCUUAAAAAAAAAGGCUUUUCCCCAAACCCUUUGUUAGUCCAGUCCAGUUAAUUCUACAACACACGCUGGCUUCUAAAAGCUAAAAGCGAUCACAGUCUUGGUUGAAGUUUUGCCCUCAUGGUGUUGGGAUUUAGACACUGGAUGUCUUCGGUGGCAUCUGGUGACAUGUUGUGGGCAGGGGCUGUAGGUCAUUGCUGUGACAUUUAAAUGUUUGACUGAUAGCAAAAUCCAUGCAUAGACUAGGUAGAAGAGGGAAUGAUUUGGAGUAUGCCACAGGAUUUGUCAGUAACAUCUGCAUGCUUUUAUAUACAUACUCUCUCCCAACAAGCAUUGCGAACAUAAGUGAGAAUUCAUUAAAUACAGUUGUUUUGAGUGUGUUGAGUUUUGAUCAGUAUUGAUGUCAAAUGUGAAUUCUGUCCGUUUGGAGACUGUAGAGUUCAGUGUUGCAGAGCCGACUAAGUCUCGGUCAGAUUGUCCUUUCAUUUUUUUUUCUUUUCAAUUUGUCUUCUGAUACUUUCAACGUUAAGAUGGCAACUACAAAAAUAUCAAAGUCUGAUUUUUAUCAUAAACUGUGUUUGUGUUUUAAAAA